CCUCCGUGUGAUGUCAGCGAUUGCCUGAGAAACGGAGCCAAGGUGUCCUCCCACAGUUCAGGUGCCAAGAGGUGGUCCCAGACUGGGUCGUGGUGGGAUUUCGUCUAGGGGAGACGCUCCGCAUAGUCGAUCAAAGGACUUGGAGUGCUAAGCUCAGAUAUCGCCGAGUUGAGGAUAUAUCAUCCCCUGGUGCGUCUUUGAUCCGGUACUCUCUGUUGCCUCAUGUGCGUAAAUCGGUUACAACUUCUGGUCCUGUAUGGACUCGCAGUUUCAGGCUUGCGGCUGGUAAGGGGGAUGCGCGUGUACACAUCCGGCGAGCAGGAGGCGGUCAAUGGCACCGACGUGCGGCUCAAGUGCACGUUUGAGAGCAAGGAGGCCAUAAAGCCAUCCAUCCUCACCGUCUCCUGGACCUUCCGACCCCUGGGCCCCGGUCACGAUGAGUCGGUGUUCUACUACCAGGAGAAGGCCUACCCUCCUGCAGAGGGGCGCUUCCGGAAGAAGGCGCUGUGGGCCGGGGACAUCCUGGCUGGUGAUGCCUCCAUCAUCAUCCGCGAGGUCAAGUUCACCUUCAACGGCACCUUCAGCUGCCAGGUGAAGAACCCGCCCGACGUGCACGGAAACCCAGGCACGGUGAAGCUCACGGUGGUCCACACAGCCUCUUUCUCUGAGAUCGUUGUGGUGGCCGGCAUCAUCCUGGGAGCCAUCGCUCUGGUCAUGCUGGUGUUGAUCCUGGUGCUGUCAAUUAGACGCUGCCGCAGGAAGAGGCACGAGCAGGCCAGCGAGUUACCGCAGAUGGAAAGGAAAGACCCCACCAUGUGGUGAGAGCACGCUGCGAGGGCGAGUGGGAGUGCACGUGGUAUAUGUGUGUGUGGGGGCAAUUGUUAAUCUCUUACUGCCCCCACACACACCCCACCUCACUUCACUCCACCCUGUGUCCGUGGCGACUGUCUGAAGGGAGUGGUGGUGCUCACCUGUUGGACUUGAGUCACUAAAGCACCAGUCAGUUGCUCUGUCAAGAAGGUGUGUGGGGAUGGGGAUGUAUUGUUCCACUGUGGACCUGAUCAGACCACUCCGAGGUUGAGGACACAUGCAGAAGAGCUGAUGGUGCCUUAGUGUUGUAUCUGUCAUACAUGCUUUAUCUACUGGAAGCCUUGCUCAAGGCUCAGCUUCACCUUCGUGUUUGUUUGUGUUUAUUUGUUUUGUAAAUGAGCAAUUGUAAAUAUGCUUAUAUGAAAAAAAAGGAAAAAAAACAACAUUCACAAGGUGAAGUCUGAAUAAUAUGCAAGGUUAUUGUAUCAUGCUUUUUAACUCACUAAUAAGGCUUUGGGGGAAUCACGUCACAACUUUCCUGACCCGAUGAAACCUAGCAACCAGCUGUCCUUGGUUGCUCAGGCUCUGUGCUGUCUCUGAGCAACUUGCGUGGGUACCAUUAAGCCCCCUCAAGGUGCUUUCUUGUCCCUCAGUCAUUAGCAGCCAAUGGUCCACAAGCAUUUUGUUUUAGUCAAGGGCAUCUUUCUCAGGAUUGCAUAAGCAAAUGACUUUCAGUGCAUUUCAAAAAAGUGGUAAAUUCUGCUGAUAUUUCACUGGGCUGCGUUCGCUCACGCUAAAACCACGUUACAAAAUGAACGCUGGAUGAAAAGCAGCUGGUGCUUUAAGACUUUGCUGCUGAUAAUGCACUUCCUUCUGUUACAUUUCUGUUACUGCUGAGGUUGCUUGUGAACAAGCAAUUUGUCUUUUGGAGUCUCUCUCUCCCUUUGUUCUCUGUCUCUCUGUCUGGGGUUUUCAGGCCUGUCUGAGUGUUUUACCUCUGCUCUUUAUGAACAACAGUGCACUCAAAUUUGUAACAUCACUUCACAACACAUUCAGACAUAAAAAAUAACAGAUUCUGCCGCUGUUCGAGAGAGUAUUUUAUUCACCCCACUGACGUGAAACACGAAGAUUUUCCCCGGCUUCUUCAUAAAAGAAGGCUAUGGAGCACUUGCUGCAACAGCCUCCAAAAGGAAAUUCCUGCGCAUCCGUACACAAUUUGACCCUGUGCGUGUCUUGUGUGUUUGUGUGUUUGUGUGUUUGUGUGUAUGUGUUUCUUGUGUCUGUGUCUGUGUGCAAAUGCACGUGUAAAAAAUAGCCAACCUUCAAAAUCAGCGCACCUGUAUGUGGACGUGGAACUGUUUGAGAUCGACAGUUCGGACGGCAUGAUCUCUGACGCGAGCACCAAGGACUCCAGCUCCUCUGAGGAAGACGAGCCGAGCUCAGACGAUGAUGAUGAAGGUUCAGAUGACGACUGAUGACCAACCUGACCAAACCCCCUGAUGAUACAACACCAAGUGAAUGGAAACGGAGAGUGCAGAGAGUGUUUCAGUUAGGAGGAAUCCUGAAGUAUUUGUUUUUGAUUCUGUCCUACUCCUGCCAAGAGGGCCGGCAUGAUAAAAUUAGAUGAAGGUUGCCCCGGAUGAACAGAUGGGAAAUAGAGCUUCCAGGGACGGCCUCCGCCAAAUGACAAAAUACAGUAAAAAUCAAUGUGGUGUAAGAGCCACACAUCACAUGUCCAUAAACUGCCCAUAUCAUAUUGCCAUUUUUACAGGAGAUUACAUGAAACGCUGUGAAACACCAGUGGAGUUGCACAUGAACUAAAAGUUAAAGUAUUGUUAUGACUUUUACUGACUGGGUCUUUUACUAAAUGAGGCUAUAUCGUGAAAUCCCAAGACGAGUGAGAAUAUUACUGACUUUAAACUGUUUACAUAACAUAUAAGAAUGCGUAAGUAAAAUGCACUAAAUUUGCCAGCUGAAUGUUUGAAGACCCGUUGGCAUGCACCCAGUGAGUGCAAACCGUACGUUUUUGCUAAGAAGUUGAAAUGAUGUUACUUUGUCAAGGUUGUGGAGUGAUUUGAACAGUCUGUCAAGAGGAGCAUCCACAUUGCACGAAUGACACAGAUGGCUGAGCAUGACACUUCACCGCAGUAUUAACCUUUCCCCUACCUUUCUGACACUCGCACUGGAAGGCGUCUCAAGGUAUGAGUGCCCUUUAAGACGGCUCCUUUGCAAGGUCUGCAGAUCCCCAGCAGGAGCCUCACUGGCCCGAGGCAGGUCUGUACCUGAGACUGCGCCACACCCUUCUCUUCCCUCUGCACUCCACGGAAUUCUUUUUCCCCCUUCAUGCCAAUCCAAAAGCCAGACGCUGCCAAGGUAUUUUCAGGCCCGUCACAGAGGAUUUCUAUGGCUGUUCAGAAAUACACACACACAUGCGAUGUUCCUUUUUUGAUAUACGCACUAUUUUACACGGCAAAGUAUUUUCCCUUGUCGCUGCCAAUGGUCGAGUGGCAUUGGAUGGCUCUGUAGGCUUCAGCCGCUGAUACCUAAAAUUGGGAUCGUUUCUAGCUUUUGCAGGGUUGUACACACACACACACACACACACACACAAACACACACACACUGGCCUGAAAACCCUUUGACUGAGAAAAAAGCUUGUUGCCUUGCAACCUCCUCUGUGGCGCAAACUACUAACAAUUUUAACAUGUAUUUUUCAUGAGAUGUUUUAUAUGAGCAUAAUGUCGAUUGUGUUACAUGAAGUUUAUAUAUUUUUAUUGUUUUAUUGAAAUUUCACCUUUGACCACUUUAUUAUAUUCUAAAUGUCAAUGUAAAAUUGAUUGAUAGAUUUUUUUAUAAUAAAACAAAUGUUUUAGCUGUUAA